AUGUUCCGUAUUGAAAGAAUCCUCAAUCUGAGAAUCACGGAAGCAAAACUUUUUCAAAGCAAAGAAGAAGCGCCGCGCAGUCGUAAGCAAUCCAGAUCCCACGGCUAUUCUGCUCCAUCGUCCCCGCUCAAACCCAGCGAUUAUUAUACCGAGGUUCUCUUGGAUGGAGAGAUCCGCGCCAAAACUGUGGUCAAAUAUCGCACUUCGAAUCCUUUUUGGCGCGAGGAUUUCACUUUCAAUGAUUUGCCGCCAGUUUUAUCCCAGGCUUCCAUCCUAGUCAAGACACUCAAUCCAGCACAAAGGGACUGGACGCUCAUUUCUUCUGGGUCAUACUCAUCUAGUCAAGAUGUUAACGCAGUGAACAUGCUGGAUGAGAUUGAGAUUUCUACCAAAGACUCUAUUUGCGGGCGGGUCGAUCUUCGCUUAGACGAAUUGGACGCCGGUACGGACAUCGAGAAGUGGUGGCCGAUUUUGGACGAUCGCGACCAAGCAAUCGGAGAGAUGUUUAUGAAAGCUCGGAUGGACGAGACAGUCGUGUUGAUGACCGACGAAUACGCACCAAUGCUGGAAAUCCUUCACCAAUUCACCAACGGCCUGACAAUCAGCAUGGCCCAAGUGAUGUCAUCUGAGUUAACACAAUUAUCGGAGAUGCUUCUGAACAUCUACCAGGUCUCGGGAUCAACUGUGGACUGGAUUUCAGCGUUGAUCGAAGAUGAGAUUGACGGCGUUCAUAAGGAAUCCACCGCUAAUCGACUGCGCUAUACGACGAGAAUACAUUCUAAUGACACGAGAGAAGGCGGCCAAGAACGUGAGAUCCUUGUGAGGGAUAUGGGCAGAACAGCCACAGUGGAGGCCAAUCUUCUCUUCCGUGGCAAUUCGCUGCUCACCAAAGCACUCGAUCUACACAUGCGUCGUCUUGGCAAAGAGUACUUGGAGGAAACAAUCGGGGAACGACUUCGUGAAAUUGAUGAGAGCGAUCCUGAGUGUGAAGUGGACCCGGCUCGUGUACCACGCACAGAGGACCUUGACCGCAAUUGGCGGACUUUGAUUGGCCUCACGACGGGUGUUUGGAAAUCGAUCGCGCUCUCUGUCUCCCGUUGCCCUCCAGAGUUGAGGCGCAUCUUCCGUCACGUCCGGGCAUGUGCGGAAGAUCGUUAUGGCGAUUUUCUGCGCUCUGUCACCUACAGCAGUGUUUCGGGUUUCUUGUUCCUACGAUUUUUCUGUCCAGCAAUUCUGAACCCUAAAUUGUUCGGACUUUUGAAGGAUCAUCCUCGUCCUCGUGCCCAGCGUACCUUGACCCUUAUUGCCAAGGCCUUGCAAGGACUUGCCAACAUGACGACGUUUGGGAACAAGGAACCGUGGAUGGAGCCUAUGAAUAAGUUUUUGGUCGGAAAUCGAGCCGAUUUCAAGCAGUUCGUUGAUCAUAUCUGCAACAUCGCCGCUGAUCGCCCGGCCCCCAUUGUCACGCCUUCCUAUACCACCCCUGUUCAAAUCCUCGGACGCUUACCAGCUACCUCCCGCGAGGGCUUCCCUAGCCUGCCAUUCCUGAUUGAUCACGCUCGAUGCUAUGCACACUUGGUACGUGUCUGGCUUGAUAUUGUUCCAAGCCGGAUGUCUGAAUUGGAAGAUGUGGACCCGUUCCUUACCAAAUUCCACCAGCUGGCUCUUAGCUUACAAGCACGUACUGAAGAGCUUCUACGCAAAGCUGAGCAAGCCGAGCGGCCAAGUGGAAACCUCGAGGUCAAGUGGGAGGAACUAGUGGAUUCAAUGGAGCGAGCCGUCACUUUCUAUGAUGAAAGCUCGAGUAAACCAACGACUCCGGCGGCAGACUCAGGUGUCGCAGCUAAUGUUCAAGUCGCGGGCCACCGCGGUUCAAUCGGCUUUUUUGCCCCACGGCCGGCUAUGGGUCGUCGAUCGACCGACUACGCACCAGAAGAGGACGACACGCCACCCAGCUCCUCGUCCGCUACCUGGGAUCAAGCUCGCAUGCCUUUCUCCAUCCCAAGGUGGUCCGAUGCUCGGGAUAGCACCGGCAGCUCCAAGAACUCAUCCACCUACUCCCUCGAAUACUCGGAGAAUGCCAAAGCUCGCAGAUCCAGCGUCACCAAAGAGUCAUCUAGCAAAUACCGCUUCUUUGACUUCGUCCCGGCCCCCUCCCGACGUAAAGCCAAAGACCGCGACCAGUCGCAAGGACACUCGCACGAGGACCUCCGAAACGAAUUCUAA